AUGGCGGUCUGCGGCGGUUAUUCAGUUAACUUCGCAGCUGCAUCCUUCAAUCCAAACAAGCCCUUAACCCCAUCUUCUAAUCCGCUUCAAACCUUUUCGAGACCUUCGUCUGCUAGAAAGCUCCCCUUUCUUUCUCUUCAUUCAAGUCAAAAUUCAUCAAGAACCCAUUUGGCCGAAGCCAAAGCUUCUCCAAGUUUGAUGGUUGCAGCGUCAGGGAAAAAGCCAGAGCCUCUGAAGGUGAUGAUAUCGGGAGCCCCGGCCUCUGGUAAAGGAACUCAAUGUGAGCUUAUUACGAAGAAGUUUGAUUUGGUGCACGUAGCGGCAGGUGAUCUUCUGAGGGCUGAAGUUGCUUCUGGAACAGAUAAUGGGAAGCUGGCAAAAGAAUACAUGGAAAAAGGACAACUUGUCCCUAAUGAAAUAGUCGUCAUGAUGGUCAAAGAUCGUUUAUCACAGCAAGAUUCUCAAGAGAAAGGCUGGCUGCUGGACGGGUAUCCAAGAAGCGAGUCCCAAGCUAUAGCCCUCAAGAAAUUCGGGUUUGAUCCAGAUAUCUUCAUUCUUCUUGAAGUCCCUGAAGAGAUUCUUGUUGAAAGAGUUGUGGGUCGCAGACUAGAUCCUGUGACUGGAAAAAUAUAUCAUCUCAAAUAUUCUCCACCCGAAACAGAAGAAAUUGCUGCAAGACUUACUCAGCGUUUUGAUGACACCGAGGAGAAGGUUAAGCUACGUUUGCUCACUCACAACAGCAACGUGGAGGCUGUGCUCUCAAUGUACCAAGAUAUAUCAAUCAAAAUUGAUGGAACUCUCCCGAAACAGGACGUGUUUUCACAGAUCAACAGUAUACUGACCGAACUAAUCGAGAAAAAGGAGGCCGCCUUGGGUUCAACCCUAACCCCCCUGCCCUCUUCCCGUGGAGCGCCGCCGGUGACUCCACCAUCAGCUCAAUUGCCAGCGACGGGAGUGGCUCUCACGCGCCCCCUUCCCCCGCACGUUGCGCUCGAGAAGCAGUUGACGACUUUUGACACCAGCUCCACGGCUCCAGCAGCCUGCGCGAGAAUAUUUGAGGCGUCGAAGUGGAGCCUUCUGCUUAUUCCCCGGUCUCGCCAUGUGACAUUGGGAGCUUACGUAUAUUGCGUUUCAUGGAAAUCCUCGCCUCUUGAAGCGGUUAGUUUGCUAGGACCCGGAUGGUGGUCUAGAGGGCCUGACAAGAAUUUCGGUGCAAGGCUGCUGAAGGCGGAUGGACUCCGCAACAUCGUUCUGGACGUUUCAUAUCAAAGGUCGACUGAACGGACAUAUCCUGGCCAGAGAAGAUGUUGCGCGGGGUCGGUAGGCUGGGCUGAGCGUGGGGCUGGGGCUGAUAGCGGGAGUCGUCAACGACAAGAGCAGCUGGUCGGAGGCGCAACUGCGUUUUAUGGUAUUUCCAGCUUAAGGCAGCGGUUGGACACCAUGAAACGUGUUGGCCGGUUUUUGCUCGAAGGAUGCCUUAGCGAGCUGAAUGGAAAACAAGACGGAGCUUUUUCAGACUUGGUUGAACAUGGUUGA